AGGUAUUACUCAUUUCUCACACCAACACUGGCACAUCUGUGCGCGUCUAUGCCACCACCGGACGGUUCUCCAAACCCAUGGAUAAAAAGGAACCGGAGGCAGCAGAAUGGUUGUUGUUGGAGCGAGUAACGGAAGCUUCGGUGGUGGCAACAUGAGGUCCUCGUUCAUGAUAGAGGAGAGGGUUGGAGGUGAAGAUCCCGGGGGCUCCACCAACAUGAUGAUCUCGGAGGCUCUUGCGCCCCGGCUGCUGAUGAUUGCGCAGGGCGCCGCAGAGGCUGCAGCAGCAGCGGCAGCAGUGACUUCUCCGUCUACCUCCAUUCAGCCGCAGGUCAUGGAGACGAACGGGACCCGGUGCGGCGAGCAGAUUUUAAGCUACGGCCAGUUCGAGAAAGUCCUGAUCGGCGGGGUCCUCACCAUGCUCACACUGUCCACUAUCUGCGGGAAUUUACUGGUGGUAAUCUCCGUGUGCUUCGUCAAGAAGCUGCGCCAGCCAUCCAACUAUCUGAUCGUCUCCCUGGCCAUGGCGGACCUGUCAGUGGCACUGGCGGUGAUGCCGUUUGUCAGUAUCACGGACCUGAUUGGCGGACAGUGGAUAUUCGGACAGUUCUUUUGUAACGUUUUUAUUGCCAUGGAUGUGAUGUGCUGUACCGCGUCCAUCAUGAGCCUGUGCGUAAUCAGCAUUGACAGGUAUUUGGGAAUCACUAAACCCCUUACAUAUCCUGUGCGACAAAACGGCUGCUGUAUGGCCAAGAUGAUCCUGUCAGUAUGGCUCCUCUCUGCCUCCAUCACUCUCCCGCCUCUGUUUGGCUGGGCGCAGAACGUCAACGAUGGCAGAGUCUGUCUCAUCAGCCAGGACUUUGGGUACACUGUCUACUCCACAGCUGUGGCGUUCUACAUCCCCAUGUCCGUGAUGUUGAUCAUGUACUACAGGAUCUACCGAGCAGCCAAACUCAGCGCUGCCAAGCACACCAUCACCGGCUUCCCCAGGGAAGGCGAGCGGUGUGCAAGGGCUGCUCCCCGAGGGGGAAGAGGAGGGCAUGAGGUCAAGCAGCCCACAGUAUCAGAAGAAACAGGGAGUGUUGAAGGGACAGAGGCUGAGCAGGAGGAAGAAAUAGAGGAGGAGGAGAGCUUGGACUGUGUGGCAGCCGCUCUAAAGCUCCAGCGUGAGGUGGAGGAGGAGUGCAGCACGCGCGUCUCUCGCCUCCUCAAGAGCGGCGAACACCACCAACGCCGGAAGAGGAAAAACCAGUCCAUCUUCAAACGGGAGCAGAAGGCGGCUGCCACUCUGGGCAUCGUGGUCGGCGCCUUCACUUUCUGUUGGCUGCCGUUCUUUCUUGUGUCCACUGCCAGGCCGUUUGUCUGUGGCGUGGAGUGCAGCUGUGUUCCGCUCUGGCUUGAAAGAACUCUCUUGUGGCUCGGGUACGCCAACUCCCUCAUUAAUCCCUUCAUUUAUGCGUUUUUUAACCGGGAUCUGAGGACCACCUAUAGCAACCUCCUGCGGUGCCGCUACAGGAACAUCAAUAGGAAAUUGUCAGCAGCUGGCAUGCACGAGGCUUUGAAACUGGUGGAGAAGCCAGACACUGAUGUGUAAAGAUGUAGGUCAUCAGCGUAGCGGCAGAGUCCGACACAGACAGCCAUUAGGGAGAUCGCCCGGUGGGGCUCACUCGUGGCACAAGGUCACCAUGCUGCCAGACUGGUGAUUUCCUCAAAUUUGUGUGAUGAUUGCUGAGGCGAGAUGGGGCACGAUUCUAUCAUUAAAUGGAUGCGCAUGAAGGCAAAGAGAAGAAAAAUCCUACUCUGGGGAUUAAGACAUAAUUUAGGGAUGUUUCAUCUCACUAGCUAUGAAUUAAAACUGUCUUAAGAGAGGCAAACACUGGACUAAGAACUCGAUUGCGAGGUCCAACAAUUGUAAUGAUAGUUGAUACCUUUGUGCAUUCCAAACCUGACUGCUUCUCUGCUGAACAGUCUUUUGCAGUAUAUUCUUACAAAAGUUGGUGAAGGUACACACCGGGUUGUACUCGGCUUCCAUUGUGGGCAGAAAUGUUCGUCGUCUACAGCCAAUGUCUUGCAUUUUCACACUGAGCCAAGGAAAACUUAAGACUCAAACAAAGAUGGUGGAUGCCUUAAAGAUCCAACAGCUCCAUGAGGCUGGAACACCAAAAUUCUUGAACUUGGGCCUGAUUAUCACAGUGAUCUUUCACUGCCUCUAGAUGUUGAGUUUGCUUAAAUGGACAAUCUUAAUAACAAGUCGACAAGAAAAUACAUUUUCAACUCAACUGACAUGUAAAAUCUGUACACUCUUCAAGCCACAGUGUUUCUAAGAGGUCAAAAUGGCUACUUGUUAUGACCUUUUGUACCUAGUAUUUAUAUCUUUUGAAGAUGUUUUUUUUUAAUAUUACAGUGUGUUGAAUGUGCGAAAACAUGGUCACUUUCCUAAACUAAAGUCACACCAUUACUUUGAAUUUAGUAGUAUUUUGUAGUCAGACAUCUCACAGUUGAACAAAGCAAAUUUAGGAAAAGUGUUGAAAGGGAUUAAAGGAUGGCAGUAAGAUCCUGAAGAUAAAUGUGUAAAGAAAUAAGAUCACUUUGAACAUG